UGAAUUGCGUCACGUCCGUCCACAAAGUAAUGGCGGCUGCAGUUAGUCACGUUUGAAGUUUUUAUUAUUAUUAUUAUUAAUUUAUUUGUUUUAUUUUUGUCGGAACCGACAUGUUGGCGCUGGUUCGGUUUUCUUUACGGCACUUUGGCAGAAGAGCUUCUGGUUUUCCGGCCCGCUGUGACGUUAGGCGCUGGAAGAGCGUCAGAACCGUAGAACCGAACCCGGGACCCGAGUCUGCCGGAUACCCGAACCCGGAGGAAGAGUUCGUGUUCCUGGACUGCGUAGAUCCAGAGGAGGAGUUACCUCACAAAGAGGAGGACUUUCUGCUCCACCUUAGCUCCACCCACUCUGCAUCUCCUAAAGAGCAGAAGCCUUCUGGUGUGUUGGCCCAUGAAAAGCACCAGAGGGUGCUGGAGCGCCAGCUGCAGGCCAUGAAGAGCAUUGCCCCGCAGACUGCCGAGUCCCUCAUUCAGUUCCACGACAUCGACUUCCCUCUGGAUGAGAGCGUUGUCAGUGCGGUGACGAGGGAGAAGACAGUGAGCAAAGGUGCACACAAGGUUGUUGGCACAGCAGAUGAGAACGAACCCGUCAGUGACACUGCCUGUUCCGGCUGCGGCGCCUUCCUGCACUGCAUCGCCACCGAAAUCCCCGGAUACCUGCCCAGUGAAAAAUUCAAGGCCCUCCUGCAGGAGGGGAAACUCAGCAGCGCCACCUGCCAGCGCUGCCACCUGCUCACCUACCAUCAAAAGGCCCUGAACAUCCAGAUGUCCAAGGACGAGUACAGGAAAGUGGUGCAUCAGAUAAAGUCCAAGAAGGCUUUGGUGCUCCUCAUCAUUGACCUGAUGGACAUCCCGGACUCCAUCAUCCAAGACCUGCCCCAGCUGGUUGGUGACAACAAAGACAUCAUCGUCUUGGGGAAUAAGAUUGACCUUCUGCCCAGAGAUUCACCCAACUACCUGCAGCGAAUCAAACGCCAGCUGUCCUACUACUGCAUGCAGGCUGGUAUCGGCGAUCAGGUCAGGGACAUCCACUUGAUCAGCGCCAGAACAGGGUACGGCAUAGAGCAUCUGAUCUCCAACAUGCAGAAGUCCUGGAAAUACAAAGGUGACGUAUACCUGGUGGGAAGUGCCAACGCAGGGAAGUCGACACUCUUCAACACACUGCUGGAGUCUGACUACUCCAAAUCCAAAGCCUCCGACCUCAUCCACAGGGCCACCAUAUCGCCAUGGCCUGGGACGACGCUGAACCUGCUGAAGUUCCCCAUCAUCAGCCCGACACCCUACAGGAUGUUCCUGCGGCAGCAGCGUUUGAAGGAAGCGUCCCAGCAGACGGAGGAUGAACUUUCCCCUGUGGAGCUGAAGAAGCUGAAGUUCUUCAGCCGGCACGGAUACCUCGUGGGCCACAUAGGCAGAACGUUCCGGUCCAGAACCAAGUCCCAGGAGGAUGUGAUCGAGUUUGACGCUGACAGUCUAGCUUUUGGAGAGAAUGACGAAGGUUCUGUGCUGAGACCAGCUCCUCGUGUGUCUGCUGACGUGGAGUUCACCAUCAACGAGCUGAAGUAUGCGCGCUGGCUGCACGACACGCCCGGAAUCAUGAAGGAGCACGACGUCCUCAACCUGCUGACCGAAGACGAGGUGAAGCUGGUGGUUCCCACUCAGGCCAUCGUUCCGCGGACUUUUGUCCUGAAACCCGCCAUGAGCCUGUUCAUCGGAGCGCUGAGCAGGAUUGACUUCCUGCAGGGUGAGAACUCCUGCUGGUUUUCAGUUGUUGCCUCCAGGCAAAUCCCGGUUCACAUUACCACCCUGGAGAAGGCAGAUGCCAUUUACCAGAAACAUGCCGGAAACAUCUUGCUGGGGGUGCCGCUGGGUGGACCUGAGCGUAUGAAGGACUUUCCGCCGUUGGUUCCUCUGGAGGUUAAGCUGGAGGGUCGAGGUCACCUGGAGGCUGCCGCUGACAUCAAACUGUCAUCUGCAGGUUGGGUGGCUGUGACGGCGGUGGAAGGAGACCAGCUGUUGCUGAGGGUUCACAGCCCGGAGCCCUCAGGCUUCACGGUGAGGAUGCCGCCGCUGCUGCCAAACGUUGUCACUCUUAAAGGCAAACGGAUCAAAAGAUCUCCCGCCUACAAGCCACUAAAAAUGUCUGUGCUGUUAGCCCAAGGAACCAAGAAUAGCAGGAAGAAGAACUGAAGCCAAACAACUGAACAACUACAAACCGACAAACCCAAUGCACAGCCUCAGAGUGGGCCGGACCGAUCAGGAUCCAGACGAGUUGAAAUGCUGCCAUUUAAAAUCAUAACUUUCAAGAGUAGAAAACAAUAGGGCAAGUUGUGGAUCUCAGAUGUCUUCACCCAGAGGUCGUCAGGUCACAGUCCGGUUGUUUCAGGUCCACGUCUGUUGCCCGGAAAGACUUGCUGUGAUCAGCUGAUAGAACAACACACCCCAGAUGUUUCCUAGAAAGUUAAGUAACUUUUCCCUCCAGAUCAGGGGAUGAACACAUGCACACUUUCUUGGACAUAAUUUCCAUCAGUCGUUGAGAAAUACGAACUCCUGUCCGCUAAAUCUGUCCGGAGGAGACGAGUGAGGGAAGCCACCAAGACACAGCUGACAGUGGAGCAGAUGCUGAUUUUAGGGAGUUUUGAAUUUAGACGUAUUUCAAACUAUGUGGUUCUUGUAAUUAAGAAGUAAACAGCGGAAACAGAUUUCAUUAUUUUUGUUGUACUCUGUAUUUUAAUAUAUAUUUCUGUUGUCAAACAUUAAUAUGCAAAUUAAAAAAUAUAAUUGUGA